AUGGCCUGGGCAACUACUCAAUAUUUCGGUUGUGCUGUCGUUCCAUGUGGAGGUAGCCAGUGGUCUGCUGUGUGUCACUAUCAACCUGGGCGAGUUCACUUGCAGUCUCUCGGAUUUCUCACAUUAUUCUGA